UGGCGCAGCGCACUCGGGUGUGUGGUGCGGAGCGCAGCGCAGCGCAGUGCGCCAUCAGCGUUGAGGGUGUUUGCGGAGCUCUUUCUCUCUUCUGCAUUCUCGGAAAGCUAUGAGUUUUGUGCACACACUCAGGCAGACGCGAGGAGUUUGAAAACUUUUGUUCAGCCCCAGAGAUCAGGAGAUCAGCUGUUGCUUGAGCUGUAGAGCCUGUUGGAGCUGACCGAGAUGAUGUGGCGUGUCCUCCUGCCUGAGCUGGUGUGUGCGCUGUCCGCGGUGGUGUGCCUGCUGCUGCUGUGCUGUCCGGGUGGGGCGGCUCUGGCCGGCUCGUGUGAGAUGGUGCGCAUUCCGCUGUGCCACCCCAUGCCAUGGAACAUGACCAAGAUGCCCAACCACCUGCACCACAGCACGCAGGCCAACGCCGUGCUCGCCAUCGAGCAGUACGAGGCGCUGCUGGAUACCGGCUGCAGCUCGGACCUGCUCUUCUUCCUGUGCGCCAUGUACGCGCCCAUCUGCACCAUCAGCUUCCAGCGCGACCCCAUCAAGCCGUGCAAGUCGGUGUGCGAGCGCGCCAAGGCCGGCUGUGAACCCGUGCUCAAGAAGUACAACCACACGUGGCCCGAGAGCCUGGCGUGCAGCGACCUGCCCGUGUACGACCGCGCCGUGUGCAUCUCACCUGAAGCCAUCGUCAAAGCAGAUCCGUCAGAUAAUUCUUUCUUUCAAGACGCGUCAAAAUGCAGCCCUGAAAUGAACCCUGACUUCGAGACAGAAGUGAACAAUGGCAACUGUAAAGGAGUCAGUGAUCGGUGCAAGUGCAAGUCUGUGAAACUCGGCCAAAGGACCUAUGCAAGGAACAAUUACAAUUAUGUAAUACGUGCGCGGGUGAAGGAGAUAAAAAGCCGCAGUCAUGACCUCAGCGCUGUUGUGGAAGUGAAGGAUGUGCUGAAGUCGUCUCUGGUUCACAUUCCUCGUGACACCGUGACGCUGCACUACAGUUCGGGGUGUCUGUGUCCCCCACUUACACCCAAUGAAGAGUACAUCAUCAUGGGCUACGAGAACGAGGAACGAUCACGAUUGCUGCUCAUUGAUGGCUCCAUCGCACAGAAGUGGAAAGACCGGGUGGGACGCAAAGUGAAGCGCUGGGAUCAGGUCAUCAGCAAAGGAAAGAAACCAGAAAACGACAGACGCGCUCGUCCCUGACCUCACUCUGACAUGGACCAAACUCGACCACACAGAAGUAUCUGAGAAAACUGAAAAAAAUUGCACUAAUGUAUGUUCUUCUUGAUGUGUAAGGAGCUGUAGCAGAGAUGUUUUUAGUUGUUGCUUUGUAAAAUACUUUUUUUUUUAAGCAGUAUCUUUUUUUUUUAAAUUUGCCUUUGCACGAACAAAAUGUUCAUAUCAACAUUGCUGCAUAUGGGUGUGUGCGUGUGUAUGCGUGGACUUACUUUUUUGGGGUGGGCUCGGAGACUUGAUUCAUGAUUUGUUGGAAGGGAAAGAUGAUGGGGAUUCAGUGGUGCAUGAGGGAGCGUAUACAAGAGCAGAUCACUGUUUAAUAGCAGCAGCAGAAAAAUGAGAAACAGUGUUUGGACACAACGCAGCACACCCUCGAGCCUUCUACAGUGGUGCUUGAAAGUUUGUGGACCCUUGAGAAUUUUCUAUAUUUCUGCGUAAAUA